UUUUUGGCAUGCCAUUUAAGAAUUAAGUCAUAUGAAUAAAAUUUUUCCGUAGAUUAAUAGAAGGACGGGAUAAGUUCUGAGAGGAGGAUGGCACAAUUUAGUGGAACUUGGCAGAUUGAUAACAGUACUGGAUUUGAAGAUUACAUGAAAGCUAUAGGUGUCCCGGAUGACAGGCGACAGCAGGCCAUGCAGACUUUGGGAGAUUCCUCUAAAAUGACAUAUAAAAUAUCUAGCGAUGGCGAUAAUUGGACGUUUGGAGUGACAACGUCAGCUGGAUCUAGAGAUAUCAAAUUUACAUUGGGAACAGAAAUAGAUACAACCACUUUAGAUGGAAGACCACUUAAGGCUUUGUAUACAUUGGACGGAAACAAGCUGACAGAGAAACAAACGGGACCAGAUUUUGAAUCUGUUAAUGUUCGGACUGUUGACGGAGAUACAAUGACAAUGGUGAUGACAGGAAAUGGAGUGAGCUGCACCCGGAAGUACAAAAAAAAUUGAGUUCUGAACUGUCUAAAUGCGCAUGUGUGUAAGAAGCAAAAAUAUGUUGUGCUUGUUUAUUUUGUUACGUAAAUGUGUUUUCGACCAGAAUUAUUUUUAUGACUGUAAUAUUAUACUAGUGAAUAAAUGUUCUUAUGUUAUUUUAAGUGAAUAUCUGAUUUAUAAAUUAUCCUGUAGGUCAUUGAUGAACAUACGUUUCUGUCGAACAUUCUACACAGUUUAAAUAUAACAUUGUUUAAAAAGUAGGACAUAUAUUUACCAUGUUUGGACCAUCUAUUCUUGAAUUUUUAAAAUGUGUGACUCCGUUUUUGGUAGGAACACCUAUAAACCAUGAAAAAAUUGACGCUUUUUUGACAUGGGGAAACAACCUUUGAACCAAAAGUAUAAAAUCCGUCACCGACUUUUCCAAACCUGUGUGUUUCUGGAUCUAAGCAAUUGUAAAAAUGUUAGGAAUGAACAUAACUAUUAUUCGUUUCUUAACUACACAUCCAAAUAGCAACGUUUCAGCUUAGAAACAUACGUAGAUAUGACUUUUAUUACGAUGAGGGAAUAGAACAUACCUACAAAAUUAGGCGUUUUUGCAACAUAAAUUUUACAUGAUAAUAAUUGGUAAUUGACGGGUGAAAAUAUCUUUUAUUGUGUACGUGGAAAGGCGUUGCUAUGUUACCUGUUAAUUAAAAAAAAAAAUGGUUAGUCGAUUAUGACCGGUUCGAUUAUGACAAUUUCCAAAUUAGCAUCAACAUCGGAAAGCAAUUUGAUGGAUACAUUUUAUCAACAUCUCUAUACCCAUGGGUUGUCGGAUAUGUUUUUGUUCCUUCAAUGGACGGUUAAAAAGUACAAUGUUCAACUUACGCCAUAUCUGUAUGUAUUUCUUUCUGCAAUUUUACAGGAAUUAAAGAUUACAAUUUCUUCCAGCCUUCAAUGUGGGACUACAUUUAUUUCCUAACGGUCUAAACGAAACAGGAUAAACUGCUAUUUUACUUUUUUUUAUAAUAUAAAUGCAUAAGUUUGAUAAAUAAAUUGAGUAGUAAUUUAUGUUCAGAUAUAAGUUUUUAAUUGUUAAAUAAAUGUGGGAGCAAGCUUA